AAAAAAAAGAUUUGGUCAAAAGUAGAUAUUUGGCCGUUUUGAUGCAAUCUACGUGCACAGCACAAUUUCCCUUCUCUCUGGCUACUCACGUCCUAAUUCAUUUAGAGAUUAUGAUCUCACAUCAAUUUAUUCAAAACUAUAGGUCAAUUUGAUUGCCAAAUGUUACAUUUUAUUACCAAAAAAAAUAAAGAUUAGCAAAUAAAAUUGUCUUAGAACUUUGUUGAUCGAUUUGGGUUUAUUCUUUGGUAAUCAUAUUGCAAACACUGCUAUUAAUGUGGUUUCCACAAAAACCUAACCAGGAAUUCAACCAGCGUUGUUGUGUCGCGCCAUUAACGUCGUUUAAGCCUGUGGAAAAGGCUGAUAUUUCUGAGAUGAGCUAUCCAUCAUCAGAAGAUGAUUCAUAUGAAUCAAAAAGGAUAAGUCCAGAAUGGGGAUCCAAAACCAGCAUGGAUUCGGGCCAUAGUUCACCUGGUGAACCAAUGCCUAAAACCACAAUUCCUGCUCAGAACAAACCACCUGACCACAGAAAACAACAGCAGCUUGAACCAAUAUGGAAGUCCGGGUCAAAUAGCCCGAUGGGUAGUAACCAACAACGCCCAUAUCCCUCCCCUAGGCAGGUCUCCAAUCAUGAUAUUACAACUCACAAACGGGGAGAAGGGAUGAACAUCAACAACAACAAUAAUAACCAUAAUAACAGUAAUAACAACCACCACCACCAUUAUUACCAGCAAAACAGAAGUGACAGCAUAGAGAGUACAAGUUCAGCACCCUUUAAGCCUCAUACAGGAGGAGAUGUGAGAUGGGAGGCUAUAAACGCGGCGAAUGCAAAAGAGUCUCCUUUAGGACUUAGCCAUUUUAGACUUCUUAAGAGGCUUGGUUAUGGAGAUAUUGGUAGUGUUUAUCUUGUUGAUUUAAGAGGGACUUUUACUCAUUUUGCUAUGAAAGUUAUGGAUAAGGCUUCACUUGCUAGUAGGAACAAGUUGCUUAGGGCUCAAACUGAGAGGGAGAUUCUUGGUUUGCUUGAUCAUCCUUUCUUGCCAACUUUGUACACACAUUUUGAGACUGAUAAGUUUUACUGCUUGGUUAUGGAGUUUUGCAGUGGUGGUAAUCUUCAUACCCUUAGACAGAAGCAGCCUAACAAGUUUUUCACUGAGGAAGCUGCCAGGUUUUAUGCAUCAGAAAUACUAUUAGCACUGGAAUACCUACACAUGCUUGGGAUAGUAUACAGAGACCUAAAACCAGAGAAUGUGCUAGUAAGAGAAGAAGGUCACAUAAUGCUCUCAGACUUUGACCUUUCCCUUCGAUGUUCAGUCAACCCAACCUUAGUCAAAUCCUCCUCAGCCACUACCCCAAAUGGUACUUCUACUGGUAGUGCUGGUAUCCUAGACGAGGAAUUAGCAGUUCAGGGAUGCAUGCAACCCUCAAGCUUCUUCCCCCGCAUACUCCCCAGUAAAAAGAACAGAAAAUCAAAAUCAGACUUCGGAUUAUUUGUAAACGGGUCCCUCCCUGAACUAAUGGCAGAGCCAACAAAUGUCCGAUCAAUGUCAUUUGUUGGCACACACGAGUACCUCGCCCCUGAAAUCAUCCGCGGAGAAGGUCAUGGUAGUGCUGUGGACUGGUGGACUUUUGGCAUUUUCCUGUAUGAGCUUUUACAUGGUACAACCCCUUUCAAAGGGCAAGGAAACCGGGCCACCCUCUUCAACGUUGUAGGGCAGCCCUUAAGGUUUCCGGAUAACCCGAAUGUGAGUAUGGUGGCCCGGGACCUUAUUCGGGGACUUUUGAUUAAGGAGCCUAUGAAGAGGAUUGCUUAUAAAAGAGGUGCUACUGAGAUUAAGCAACACCCUUUUUUUGAAGGAGUGAAUUGGGCUCUUGUUAGAUGUGCUGCACCUCCUCAUAUACCUGAACCUGUUGAUUUUUCGAGGUUUGCUAAUAAGGAAACUACUCCCCCUUGUAUGGAGAAGGAGAAAGAAAAGGAGAAGAAGGUUACUGAGACUUCUACUGGAAGUGAUAGUAAUCAGAGUACUUCUAAUGAUUCUACCUACAUUGAUUUUGAGUACUUUUGAUUAACUAUAUAUACUCUUUAAUGAUGAGAUAUAGCCAUCAUGAUUCAACUUUAUAGUUUAUACUCCCAGACUUUACUUUAGCAAAUGAGAUUAAUUUACAGUAACUUUUUGUUGUACAAAGAACAAUAUCAUAAGUUGUAUUAUUAUUUGAGGAACAAAUAUUCUUUUUUUUUGACAGUAACAGGAUA